AUGGCGUUCUCUACAGUGACUUCGCGUAGCCCCGCUCUUCUUCGCCUUCCCAACCACUCGCCGUCAGUCUCCGGACCUCAAGGCCCAGCUUCUCUCCGGUUCUCAAGACCGAAUCUUGGCCGUCGAUUAUCAAUUUCAGUUCGAUCGUCAUCGACUCCAGUUGCGGUGCCUCCCGCGGAGGGGUUAAGUCCUGCGAUUUCAGUGACGGAGAAUGCGCUGAAGCAUUUGAAUAAAAUGAGGUUUGAGCGUAGUGAGGAUUUGUGCUUAAGAAUUGGAGUUAAACAGGGAGGAUGCUCGGGCAUGUCAUACACGAUGGAGUUUGAGAGCAAGGCGAAUGCGAGACCAGAUGAUUCAGUUAUGGAAUAUGAUGGUUUUGUGAUUGUUUGUGAUCCGAAAAGCCUCCUCUUUCUGUUUGGAAUGCAAUUGGAUUACAGUGAUGCUCUCAUCGGUGGAGGCUUCUCUUUCAAGAACCCAAACGCCACGCAAACUUGCGGUUGUGGUAAAUCCUUUGCAGCAGAGAUGUGAAAUUAUAUAUACAAAAACAAUUUAAAUAUUGAACAGAUCACGAGUAGAUUGUGUAAAAAAGAAACUCUUAAAAUUAUGUAGUAUAAUUACAUGAUUUUAAUAUUUCUGCUGCAUUUCAAAUUUCCAUUGGGUUCUGCUAACUUCCGAACUCACUUUA